GUGUGAAAUAUAUUUUUAAACUUUUAAAAGUUUUUAAAAUACCAUAAUAAGAAUAUUUUUAUUGUUAGUUUUGGAUGAAAUAGUUAAGGUUUGGUUUGUAAAAAAGGAAAAAAGGGAAUGAAAUUGAAGUGGGAAGUUGAGGCAUGGAGGAUGGUAUUGAAGCUAAGUUGGGGAGUAUUCAAAUUUUUGGAAAUGGCAGCCAAGUAGGUCGUGAGCAAAAGAUUGAAGCUGGAAAGCCUUAGUUGGGUUUCCCAAAAUUGGAGAUAGAGCAGUAGUAUCAAGAGGUAUUGAAAAUGGGAAUAGCAUCAAGGAGCAGAGUAGGUAUAUUCAUUCAUAAAAGUGGGGGUACAUCGGGAGUGCAUUGAGAGAAUGACUUUGGAGCUUUAGAAGAGAAAAAACAAAAGGGGUAAAAUUCGGGAAAAAUCCCAAUUCCUUUUUGCUCCCAUUUCCCUUUCACUUCAUAUAAAUAAAUCCCUCUCUCUCUCUCUCUCAAUCUUUCCCAAGAAACCCAUAUCCUAAUCUUCAACCAAUUCCCCCCUUUCUCAACUUCAUCAAACCCACAACUACAUUCUUAACAAUUCAAUUCUAAUUUUGUUAUCUCUCUUGUUACUAUGAAGGAUUUUCCUUCUUGUUUCGGCGAAAAUGGUGUUCAAAUUGCAGAUUCCUCCUCCUCCUCCUCCUCAUCUUCUUCUUCUUCCAGUAUCACCAAAGCCGCUCAAAACUUAGUCACCUGCGUCUACCAGUGCAGAUUACACAGCCAAUUAAGCUUCAUCGUCUUAACAUGGACCAAGCAUUUGAUGGGACAAGCCCUCUCUCUUCAGAUCCAAAAUUCCACAAAUCAAUCCCUCUGUAAACUCGAUAUCAAGCCAUGGCUGUUCUCCAAGAAGAAAGGUUCUAAGAUUUUCGACGUCCAUUCCACCAAAAUGGAGAUACAUUGGGACUUAACAAACGCAAAAUUCGGCUGUGGACCAGAACCAGAGGAAGGAUUCUUCGUGGCUGUAGUAUUCAAUCGAGAACUCAUAUUCUUCAUCGGCGAUUCACCAUCCGAAGCUUCAAAGAAAACGGCGGCUGUUUCCACCGCAGCGGCGGUGUUUGUGGCGAGGAGAGAACAUGUAUUCGGGAAGAAAUUGUACUCAGCGAAGGCGCAAUUCAGCGAGAGAGGGGAAACACAUAAUGUAUCGAUUGAAUGUGAUACAAGUGGGGGUUUGAAGGAACCGAGUCUGGUGAUACGAAUUGAUAGCAAAACGGCGAUGCAGAUCAAGAGGUUGAAAUGGAAAUUUAGAGGAAAUGAUAGGAUUGUGGUGGAUGGAAUUCCAGUAGAGGUGAUGUGGGAUGUGCAUAAUUGGUUGUUUGGGAAUUCUGGUGCUCUCAGUAGUGCUGUGUUCAUGUUUCAAACACACAAGAGUAGUGGAAGCCAUACCCAAUCAUCAUCAUCAUCAUCAUCAUCUCUCUUAAAUUCUUCUUCCUCAUCUUCUUCAUCUUCUUCUUCAUAUUGUCAACAACAGAUUAAGGAUUCAAAGUUGCAAGGUUUAGAUUUCUCCUUGAUUUUAUAUGCUUGGAGGAAUGAAUGAAUACAGAAAAUAGUUUUAUCAAUCACUGAUAAACAAAGUGAUUUUUUUAAAAAAAUUAUUAUCUUUUUUAGGGUUAUAAAUUGUUUGUACACCUUAAUUAAAUGGUGUGUGUUUGUGUUAUAGUUCUCAUUAAAUUUUCAUUGAUUCCAUACAUAUAUGAUAUCAAAAUUUGCAUACU